AUGAUUACAACUGAUAGGACGAUGACUUUAGGUUUGUUUAGAAAUCGAUCUCUUCAUUAUGUAGUAUUUGUCGUUUGCUUGAUCCAAGCAGCGUCUAUAAAUUCAUCCGAUCAAGUGAUACAGAAGUCUUUUAACACUUCCAAAUGCUCUCUAAGUGUGUAUGAUGAUACACAUCAUUAUGCCCUAUUUCGACAAAAAAUCGAAGCAAAAGAAACUAAAAUAGUGUAUUUUAAUCUGAUAAUAAAUGGUCAGAAUCUACACAACGAUUCUAAAAAUUAUGACUUCUAUGGCUGGGUUAAAGACGAUUUUAGUUGGGCUCUGAUUUCUUUACCGGUCGAUUAUAUUGCUACAAGCUUAAGUCUAUAUUCAGUUUUCGUACAUCGACAGAGUUUAAAUCUUAUUGAAUCAAGCCGAGGUUGCUAUGCUCGACUAACAAGUGAUUCCAAAAGAAAGUAUAUCAUUUUUGAGGCAUUAUUAAAAUUUACAAACUCAAGUGGAGGUUGUUUUGGUAGAUAUUGUCCUACAAUAUUUUGGCGACGCUUUAAUAGAAAACAGGAACUUUUACAUCAUCCUAUACCUUAUUCAUGCUGUAACAGAGAAAUAGUUGCUGCAAAAAUUAACAUUAGUACAUGCCUAAUUCUAGGGAAACAGAAAUUGACAGGUCGUAUGGUACAAAUAAUUUCCAUAAUAAUCAGUUCCCUUAUAGCUGUUACUAUGUUAGAUAAACUUAUUAACAACUUCUUGAAAGAAUUAGGUAAUUAUCGAUAUUGCGAACAUAAAUCUCAUCUUACCUCUGACGAGAGUCAAGAUCAUUCAUUAAACCUACUACAAACUAAUAAUUCGCAUCAAGGAUUGAUUCAAGAAGAAACUUAUCAAUCAUCGCCUGGAUCGUCUCACCAAAUCGGGGAAACAUACCUCCAGCGUAGUGAUAGUAUGUUACCAAAUUCAACAAAUCUUACGAAAAUGGUCAAGGUAUUGACCAGUGAUUCAAAUAAUUCGUAUAACCAAAUUGACGACAAUGAUCAAGAGCUACUAACUAGACAAAUGUACUUAACGCCAAGUUAUGAGCGACAGUCCUAUCACCAAAUUAACAUCAUUCUUGUCGAUAUGAAACACCAUUUACUUUCUCUACAACUAUUUCAAUUUAUCAAAGAUCUCUUAACAUUUAUAAUCUGCUUGCCAUUUUGCAUAUUUGGACUUAUUGGACUUUUACGAGCUUUACUUUUUAUUUCUGAAGUAUUAACAUUCAAAUUAAAACGAAAUUUACUUCCCAAGAUAACAAAUUGGCCUUUAAUACAUCCUCUCGUAUUAGCCUUUAUGACGUUCUACUCACUCUUUUUUGUCUUUUUUACUGCAUCCCUAUUAGCUUGCGGUUUACAAUUGAUUUCUAGAAUCGCUAUUACUGUUAUAACAUUUAUUUUCGCAUUUUCUAGCUAUUUCAAUGAAAUUAUUAUUAUUGUAAUUCCAUACGUGCAUUUUAUCUAUUUGUUAUUGAGCGCUUACUCUGAUCGAGGUCCUCUUAUAUGUCAAAGAAUUAUUGAUGUAAAGCCAAGAAUAGAAGAAAAUAUUCAAACAAUCUUGGAUAGUAAGCAAGGUAUUUUGCGAGUCGAUUUUAUCAUCACUCAAACUGGCAGUAUCAAUGACGUAGAAAUUGAUACCCCAGAAAUGUUAAAUGAAGAAACUAUCAAACUUAGUAUUGUGGAUUACAUUAAACGAAGUCUAAGAGAUGACCACCAUCACGCAAUUAAUGGUACUUCGAGCAUCGUUUUUCAAUACUCAUAUAUUGAGUCAGACAGUAAUAAAGUUACAGUCAAAUUAUUGCAAUGUGGCUUCGGUUGUGUAAAAUGUACUUUUAACGACGGACAUAACAUACUCAAAGAGAAAAUCCAAGCUCACUUAGGCAACAACGGUUCUCAUUAUUUCCAAGCUAAACUAUGUCAAACCUACUACGAUAUAUAUGAAAGUAGAACUCAUCCAUGCACUGGUAUUCCUGCAGAAUUAUACAACUAUCUCAAGUAUUACACACCUAAGAUAUCAAUUAGUCAGCUACAAGUAGCAUUUUACAUUUUUAUCAUAACAGGUCUAUUCGUACAUUAUAUUGUUACGUUCGAUCUCGUUUAUAGAUUUCAUACAUUUUCAUCGCUUAAUUCGAGUAUUACCCAUGCCUCAAUCGUCUAUUUAGUUUCAUAUCUAUCCUUAAAAAGUUCCAAAAUUUUAGAGAUCGAUAAAGAAACAAUCGAUAAGAUCUUAAUUCUUAACAUUACUCAAUAUAGACGAGGUUAUAAAAUAUUUUUUAAGCGAGGAAUCGAAUUUCAACCUAUUUCUCAGACAAUAUGUAUGGCUGUAAGAUAA